GUGGUACCCGUGCCCUCCGAGGGGAUUGGCCGAGGGAGGCACCACCACACGCCAACUUCGCUCACUCUGAUGCCCCAGUAUUGGGGAGUGCCCCAGGGAGUGUGGUUGUGUGAGCCAAUGCAGCCAGCCUUGGGCAUCAGAGAGUCCUAAGAUCUCCGAGAGGGAGAGAGAAUUUGUGAACGGGCCGCCCGAAGUCGAUCACAUGGUCAGCUGGCUGUCAAACGGCCAUUGACAUGAACGAAGGAAAGCGCUGAUGGUUAGUUUUUUUCGCGUGAGGCUCCAUUUUGCAAAUAUCAUUUAGUCGUUUGUGGAUUUUGUUUUUAUGUUCGUUAGUGAUUUUAGCGAGUGGAGUGAAACUUCAAGGUCAUGAGAAAGAUUGACAACUACUAGCGGGCAAAACAGGAUCGCUUUCUCUCUCUCUCUCUCGUACAGUCUGAAUAGAGCCAUCAUGAAGUAAUGGCCACGAAGCCGAUGAAGACGUAACAUCUGAAAAUGAAUGAAUUAAAUCACUUAGAUCAUCCAAUGACCCAGUGAUCAAAUCAGUUAAUAUGCCACGAACACCUCUCCUCCCAUUUCCUUUUCCAUCUCCUCAUCUUCCUUUUCUUCUUCUUCCCCGUUUCAGUCACAUCUUGUUCCUUUCCAUUUUCUUGAGCGUUGUCACAGUGGGACCCUUGUCGGCUCAUGGCCUCGACGUGACGUCAUCGGGAGUGACGUCACGGCACCCUGAAACCCCGACUGUUAUUCUGUCACUAAAGACAGCCCCCUCUCAUGUUUUCACCACCGCGAUGCCACGGCUGAUUGAUGGCAAAUUACCGCCGAUAGCUAACGGAAGUGCCGCUCUCGUGACAUCACCGGCAAGUCAGGAUGUCGACCCGAAAGAAGCAAAGGAAGAAGAAGAAAAAGACUAUCCCCAGGUGACCAAAACAACGCAGAAUAAUCCAGAGUCAAGUGACCUCAAGUCAAGUCACCUUGUGGAGCCCUCGCCGGAGAAGCUGAUGUCAACAAUGAGGUCUCGUCGAGAAGAUGAAAUACUAGAAGAGGGAGAUGAUGCGGAUGAUGAUGAUGAUGAGGCUGCUGCUCGUGUUGAUGGGAAAGAUGAAGUCGUAAACUGCAAUUAUAAAGAAGUGGCUGAAACGAACGUGGGAACAGGCGCAGAUGAAGAUGAUGGUGUCGCAUAUUUGAAACACGAACGGAAGAAUCAUUCCAAUUUUGUUUCUGACAUCGAAGGAAAAGAUGUCUGGAUUCCAGAGAAAGCAGACUAUCUCCAUUCACGGGCUCGUCGAGAAGCAAUCACCCUCCACGGGCCCCUGUGGACUGACAAAAAUACGCUGUUUGUCGAACUGGUGGUCAUAGCUGACUACACCUUCUGUCAGAAGUACCGAGGAGGAACAGUGGACAGAAUUGCCAAGAUAGUUGGGGUCGCCAACUCGGUAUUUGCUCCUCUGGGCGUUGUGGUGGUUUUGGCCGACGUUCAGAUGUGGAGUUCAGGCGACAAGGCCAACGUUUACCCUUCGAAGGAACAAACACUCAAGUCCAUCAAUGAGUACAGAGAGAAUUUGAUCAAGGAGGACCCCAGGAAUUUCAAUGACAACGUCAUGCUUAUCACGACAAAAAUUGAAAAUGGUGCGGGCCUCGCCUCUAUCGGUGGAAUGUGCAGCGAACACAGAUCUGCCAGCGUUAUCCAAGAUGUCAGCGAUAACUUUCCCAUUGUGGGACUCGUGCUUGCCCAUGAGAUGGGUCAUAACCUCAACAUGAAGCAUGAUGGUCCUGAAGGUGGAGAGUACGUCCCAGGGAUAGGGAGGUGCGAUGAAUAUGAAAGUUCCAUAAUGCAACCAUCCGUGAGCUUACAUAGCUCUCUGGAUCUGGAGUGGAGUACAUGCAGCAAAAACUACAUAUCAACAAUGAGGAAAACCGAUGACGUAGACUGCCUGAAGAACAUUCCGACGGACACCUACAGGAGCGUCUGUGGAAACGGCAUCGUGGAAAGUGGAGAGGACUGUGACUGUGGCAUACCCGAGCUGUGCAGGAACCCCUGCUGUAACCCCACCACUUGCCGUUUCGCCCCAAGAGCUCGGUGCGCCUCUGGUGCUUGCUGUAAUACAGCCACUUGCCAACCGCAUGCAGCUGGAAAGGUUUGCCGCGCAGCAUCAGACAGUUGUGAUCUUCCAGAGUAUUGUUCUGGAAACUCUGAACGGUGCCCCGAUGACGUUCACAAAGGCGAUGGCUCUUAUUGUGGCUACUAUAGUCAGGGACACUGUUACAAAGGUAAAUGCGGUGCUCAUGACGAACGCUGCCAGAAACUGUGGGGAUCCAGAGCAACAGUUGCAGACGCAGUCUGCUUCAAAGACUUGAACAAGCUCAAUGACAGGCAUGGUAACUGUGGACAGGACCCGGUCACUAAGGAAUAUAUCAACUGUGAUGACCAGGCACUUAAAUGUGGGACUCUCUACUGCAACAAUAAUGGCCAUGAAAUGGUUGAAGGCAGCAAAAGGACAUCGUACCAUAUGAACAAUCAGUGGGUGGAAUCCUCUAGGUGCCAGUAUGUCGAAGGGUACAUAAGCCAUUACCCCAAGAAUUCCUGGCUUUCCCCAGAUGGCGCUAGUUGUGGAGACAGGAAGAUGUGCGUCAACCAGAAAUGUAUUCGGGUUCCUGGGACAGACGACUCGUUAGAAUGCAGCAGGAAGUGCUCAGGUCGUGGCAUGUGUAACAGCAAAGGGAACUGUCACUGCAAUCCAGGUUAUGCCCCUCCAGACUGCUCGCAACCAGGGUCCGGAGGGUCCUUCGACAGUGGACCUGCUGGGGAAGGGUCUUCAGGAGGACGGAAACCAACUAACCCAGUAACAACUAACCCACGUAAUAACUGGCCACUGACAACCAGACCAAAACUUGACACACCAAAGCCUGUGACUCCUCGUUAUAGAGAACCUCGACCAACAAUUCCUUACUAUAACUGGCCAAAAACUACCACGACUCCUCGAUCCAGAAGGCCAAAACCAACAAGGCCUCCUCCCAAGAGGCCCACAACCUCUGUUCCUCCUAGACGUAAAAAGCCACGACCAACUGGUCCUCCCAAAGUUAAACAAGACAAUCUAGAUGAGACAGGUAGAUCUGGUACUUUGUUCGAAAGUCCAGGCGUAAUUGCAGCAUUUGUCAUCUUAAUCUUUGUUCUGCUGCUGGUGAUACUGCUGGUUAUCAUGUGCUGUAACUGGGACAGGUUACGGAGGUGGUGGGAUAACACUGGGCGAAGCAAGGUUUCACCUGUUGCACCCAAGGCUGUCUCUUGCAUUGACAAUUGUUUCUGCGUUACUGUGUCGAAAGUUGUCAAGUGGGCGGUUUCUCAUGGUCCUGUGGGUAAAAUAUCAAAACCUGGCCAGUCUGACCCAGGAAUCAGAAAACCAAGAAAUAAAUCUCCAGGUUACAGAGUGGAUGUUCAGGUAAAGAGAAUGUCUCACCCAGAUUUCAUUGAUGUAGAGGGGCAAGACACUGAAAGGAUAUUGCAACAAAAGCCAUUCCUCCCUCCAGGGCUGCCCAAUAAGCAUCUGGAUAAUAUUACACGUCCAAAAUAUGAGCAGUCCAUAUCUGUUGAUUCCGGCUGCGUUAUUGAUGAUCGUUAUGAAUCUCCUGAUACACAAUCUACCAAUGUUUCUAUGUCUAGCUUAGUGAGUGUAUUCAGAAAUUAUACCUCAAAGACAUCUGGUGAAACUGUUCAAGCGGAGAACAGGAGAUCGUUUAUGCAGGAUCACUUGAAAGAGGUUUCUUUGAGAAGGCUUGUAACUGAUCCUCGUUCAGGUCACCCUAACUCUAAACAUGGUUUGCCACAACCCUACCAAAAGCCACCUGAUUCGCGUCACUCAGUUUCAGCUGACUUGCGCAUGAAGAAUACUAAUCCUCAUGAAAAGUUAGCAAACAAUAAUCAUGUGACUUCUGAUAAAGAUAGCAAGAAUGAUAAGAGUCUACCAAAUGUCAGUAUUCUGGGUAGUAAUACCAAGAAACCAAUAAUACCACCCUACAGGUCCAGGACUCCUCCAGCUAUGGCUACUUCUAGAGUGACUCCACCUAGAACUACUCCCCCCAGAGCUACUCCCCCAAGAGAAGCUCCACCGCGACCGCCAGUUCAUCAGGAUGAGGUUAAAAUAGUAUCUGGUAAAAGAAAAAGUGUCGGUAAAUCCAGGGACCAAGAUAAAGUCCACGUAAAAAGUGAAAAGGCAGUUAAUGAGUGUCCCAAAAAUGAUAGUAAACCCAGUGGACCUCAAGUUCUAGGAAAGAGAAAUGUUCGGAACUUAGCUCAAAAUUUCGAAAACUCUUGAAUUCCUUUGAGCAGAUUCUCAGCAUAGAAGUGUAAUGCAUGUAUAUGAUUACUGAAAGAAAGCUGUGUUUGGAUUGGAAGCUAGAAUGUAAACUCAAAGCUGACUUUUGUGUGGUUCAGGGCGAUCCCAAUAGACAUUAGAAGUGGUUAGGAACUUGGGCGUGCACUAUACACAGUAUGAUGACUGCACUGAUUCUCGAAAAGCAUUUUCAAGUGUGGGUCUUUCUACUCAAGAUUAGAGUGCUAAGGCAUUACUGUAUUACUUCCAUGAUCUCAGUUUUUCUUACAGUAUUACCAAAUGGAAGGAAAGUCGUCGUGUGCUAUAAGGUUAACAUGCUUUAUGAACGUUUUUAUUUUAAAGUGAACUAUUUAUCGAAACCCUAACAGACUGCAAGGAAGGAGGAUUCUAAUCUUGUUUGUGAUUCGUGGCUGGAUAGUAACACUCCAUAGUGAAUCUCUAGCAAGUGACACUUGGCAACCUCUUUGCAAGUCCCCCUUCGUAGUGGUCCUUGAUACAGCAUUUUGUUGCUGGGAACGAACUUGUACAAGUAAACCUACACUGCCAAAGUACCUCCUCAAAAUAUUCCAAACAUCUCAUUUGUAAUCGUAAGUUGUAUAAUAUAAGCCUUUUCUUGCCAUAGAGUUCUACGGAUUCAGGUUACAUGCUGUAAUCAGUAAUGAUAUUGUAUUAGUGUAUGCAUUUUCACAAUUGUAGUCACUCUAAUAAUGAUUGUUGUCAUUCAUGACACAAAUUCCAGGAUGAGUGCGGGCUGUGAUUAAGGUAUUUAUGGGAAUAACUGAGGUAGAUGUUCACUAGCGAAUAUAAAGUUCAAGUGACGGACACCCAGAAGAGUUUUAAAUAGGUAACUCAGUUGCUAAGUCAAAAGAUUGAUUGUUUGAGUUAUUUACUUCCCCAGGAAAUAUUGACGAUUGGUUGAGAAAAUGUGACUUGAUGAAGUUUAUACUCUUAUGUUUAUUCUGUGAUUAUUUUCUCUUCAUAAUAACAUAUACUGUAUUAUUUGUGAUGAGUGGAAAGGUCACUGAAUCGAAAUUUGAACAUUUAUGAAUUGUAGUUUUCCGUUCUUGUAAUGUUUUUGUUUUUCCAAAGUGACAGUGACUAGUACAUCAGUUAAUUUCCAUUUUGCUCAAAGUAGAUAUAUGUGUUUCUCUUUUCAGUAUGAUGUAUUUCAAUUCAUUUGGGAAUGACUUGAUGCACCAGUACUACAUGUUUACUUUUGUAAGCCUCAUGUUACCAAUGAGAUUGAUAACUUCUCCCUUUGUAGUCAACCUGAAUUUAUCAGAGGGAGUACAGUUUUUUUUCUUUUAUAUGAAGUCUUUAGUUUAAGUUUUUACUUUUUAGAAAUUUCGCUUUAUGUUCAUUUUUCACUCGAUGUUUAUCAUGUAUGGAUAUUAUCUGCAUGUAAAAAUAGGGGUUUUAAGUAAGUCAUUUAGAGAGGCCUGAAUGUAAUGCUUGAAGAUGUCUGUAAACAAUGAUUCUCUUGUCGAUAGUUGACAACACAGUUCCUGCUGUAAAAACACUGCUAUUUUUGUACUUUUAUAUGACCAGUUAUCCUUUGUAUGCUUAAGCUGAACUUUGCUCUUCACCUUAAAAUAAUUGACUCGAGUCAGUUGUUCACAUGUGCAUGUUAUUAUUUAUUUCUGUAGUUGUUUUGAAUGUCAGUAUUGUCUGAACUGUUUUUAUCACUUUCAAUCAUCAACUUUUUUAACUGUAUCCUCACCAUUUUUAUCAGUAUUAACUUUUACAUCAAUACCUUCAUUACUUUUCACUGGUAUUAUCAUCGACUUCCUCAUCAUUAUCUUCACCAUAGUUUACAGCACUAUCAUCAUCAGCUCAUUACUAUCAUUGUUAUUCUUUUUACUCCACUAUCAUCAUCAUGCUUGUUAUCAGUAUUAUACCAUUAUUUCAGGAAAGGUUUGGCCAAAUUAUUAAAUUUUCAUAUUGACAGAAUAAUUGAUUUUAUUAUCAACAUUCCCAUCACAAUCAUAUAUAUUACUUCUACAUCAUCACCAUCCUCAUCAUCAACGUUUUGAAUGUGUCUAGAUCACCAUCAAAAUAACUGCUUCAACUGGAUGUGAUCAUAUAUGAAAAUGAUAACUUUUUCCUGACGAUUUUUGCAGUUUACACACACACACACACACACACACAUACACACACACACACACA